GACAGAUGGUCCUCCAGGCGGGGCGGGGCGAGUGGAACGGAGAGUCUACGCUUCACCCGCGGUCUCUGUCUCUGUCUCUGUCUCCGGGGCAACGGGCGGACGGGCUGAGCCGGUUUAGGAGCCGUUGCUGUGGACGGAGAGACAGGGACGCGAGCGGCCAUUGAAGGCGGCCAGGGUGCCGGUGAGCCCCCCCCCCCCCUCCCACCCAUCUGCUCGGAGUGCGGCUGAGCUUCGAUGGAGGACCACAUGACGGGUCACAACAAGGAGAAGCUUUAUGAGUGCGACGUGUGUGGCAAGGCCUGGCGGAGCCCGAGUCUGCUGGAGAUCCACCAGCGGGUGCACACAGGAGAACGCCCCUUCGACUGCUCGGAGUGCGGCAAGAGCUUCUCCCGCUAUGAAAACCUGCAGCGGCACAAGAGCGUGCACUCUGGCCAGAGGCCCUUCACCUGCUCCGUCUGCGGCAAGAGCUUCAAGAUUUUGAAUAACCUGAAGAGACACCGACAACUACACACGGGCGAGAAGCCCUAUGGCUGCUCCACCUGCGGCAAGAGCUUUACCCAGUUGUAUGGGCUGCAGGUGCACCAGCGGGUGCACAGCAGUGAGCUGCCCUUCACCUGCUCUGACUGCGGAAAAGGCUUCAAGUCGUCGCCAGACCUGAAGGUGCACAAGGGCUUGCACACAGGGGAGUGGCCCUAUACCUGCAGCGAAUGUGGCAAGGGCUUCACCCGCUUCAGAAACCUGCUGGGGCAUCAACACACCCACACUGGCGAGCGUCCCUACACCUGCACCCAGUGCGGUAAGGGCUUCACCCAGUCCACCAGCCUGCUGUCCCACCAGCGCACCCACACCGGGGAGCGGCCCUACACCUGCAGCGACUGCGGCAAGAGCUUCAGCCGCUCCGACACCCUGCUGUACCACCAGCGCACCCACACCGGCGAGCGCCCCUACACCUGCGCCCAGUGCGGCAAGGGCUUCUCUAAGUCCAGUCACCUGCUGUCCCACCAGCACAUCCACACCGGCGAGCGCCCCCACACCUGCGCCCGGUGCGGCAAGGGCUUCACCCGCUCCACUGGCCUGCUGUCCCACCAGCGCACCCACACCGGCGAGCGUCCCUACACCUGCGCCCAGUGCGGCAAGGGCUUCACUCAGUCCAGCAGCCUGCUGGAGCACCAGCGCACCCACACCCGCGAGCGCCCCUUUACCUGCGUCCAGUGUGGCAAGGGCUUCACUCGCUCCUCCAAGCUGCUGUCCCACCAGCGGGUGCACGCCGGCGACCGUCCCGUCCCCAGCCCGGUGUGUGGAGAGCGCUUUGCCAUGGCUUCCCGCACCCUGUCUCACUAGCGCCUGCACACCAGUGGCCAGCCCUACGACUGCCCGUACUGCGGUGAGGAGUUUGACAGCUCGUGGGGGUUGCGGCAGCACCGGAGGACCCACGCCGGCGAG